GGGGGUAACAAGGGCCAGGACUCCAUGGCAGGAUGCAUUGCAGAAGCGGCCGCUUUUGACGGCCAUUUGCAGUACUGUCGCAGAAUGGUGAGCGCUUCUAUCUUCAAGCCAACUUGGGAGUUGCUUCGACAGCCACAUGCGAUUGAGCUCCUUGCGCAAACGCCGAUUGGACCUGUGGGUCCGAUGCCUGUUUUGUACGGAGAUCUACUCGGGAGCACCGAGGAAGCAGAGGGAGUGAUUGAAGCGCAGCAGUUUAAGAUCCGCCGAGUCACGUGUUCUACUUUGUCAUGGGAACAAAGCUUGGCUCGGUACAUGGUUGCAGCGAUUCGCAAAUGGGUUGGAGUCAUCUUGACCCACCCUCCUGCGUUCGAUCUGGGCAGGAAGCUCAACAAGAUUGAACCUCUUGGAGCCACCUUACAUUCCGGCCUCCUUGAUGUUUUUGCUGGCAAGGCUGCUGGAACUUUGCAUGGCCGUGUUGGGCCUAUGCUGCGUUUCGUUGCUUGGUGCAACGAUCAGGGCAUUACAGCUUUUCCGAUCCAUGAGCAGAGUGUUUAUGACUUUGUGCGUGCCAAUGAAGAUUGCUCGGCCCCUACAUUCUUGAGGAGUUUUCUCGUCAGUUUGUCAUUUUGUCACCACAUGUUAGGCCUCCUGGGAGCCCAUGAGGCCGUGAAGAGUCUGCGCGUCGUCGGUGUAACGCGGCGUGCUUACUUACGUAAGAAGAAGAAAGUGCAGCGACCGCCGCUCACUGUGGCUAUGGUAGAUGAUCUUGAGCGCUUCGUGUGUGAACAAGGCGGUUCCGUUCAGGACCAAAUCGCUGCUGGCUUCUUUCUUCUUUGCGUCUUCAUGCGGGGACGAUAUAGCGAUUGCCUGAACUUGCAAGAGCUUGUGGUUGACUCGCCUGACCUUGCUGCCAGGCCGUUACUCGGGUAUGUUGAGGGUUCUGUGUCGCGAUGCAAGACCGCGUAUACAGUUGAGCGGAAAACGCAACUUUUGCCCAUGGUCGCGCCGCGGCAAGGUGUGUCAGGCCUUGACUGGUUCUCCGCUUGGUUGGAGUUGAGGAAGCGUGCAAGGGUGCCUGUGGGUGCUGGGGUGCCUUUACUACCUGCUCCGAACGGGGAAGGGUGGCAGCGCGUCCCGCCGACUGCAGCCAUGGCUGGUGAUUGGCUGCGCAACAUCCUGAAGAGUCGCGGUCACGACGGAAGUCUGGUUUCUCGCAUUGGUACUCACUCGUGCAAGACCACAACGCUAUCUUGGAUGAGCAAGGCUGGUGUGGAUCUACCGACGCGGAGGUUACUUGGGUAUCACGCGCAGGCUGACGAGCGCACACCUUUGGUGUAUUCUCGUGAUGCGAUGUCGGGGCCAGUGCGGGCGUUGGAGGGCGUGAUCCUGAUGAUUCACAAGUCAGAGUUUUUGCCUGAUGCUUCUCGUUCAGGUUACUUCCCGAAAGCGGUGAAGCCGCCAGUGCCCGCUCCUGAUGAUGAUGAGUGCUCCGACAGUGAGGAUUCGGCGGAUGAAGAAGACAACCAAGAAGACUUGGAUAAGACUGAUGCGGCCGAACAAGAUGUUGUCGGCGAGUGGAGGCACAUCAAUGAGGCCGCAGGCGGGAGCGCCGGCGAGGCGCCUGUCUUCCGCAACAAGCUCUCGAGGACGAUCCACCGAGUGGUGGACGGAGCGGAAGCCAAGUUCCGCUGCGGGAGUGAUGUGUUGGACCUCAUCGUGGACUCCGGCGUCAACGCUCUUGCAAAGUAUGCUUUCAGUAGUUCGUAUGUACCUGGCCAGCCCGACGAGUCCCCUUUUGUACGGGCCAUAAAGGACAUGCUAAAGCGCGAUGCCACAGUAGGAGAACUGGCAGUGAUGCGACGACUGUUACAUGAAGCGUACAGCAUGGCGUCUGCAGAGCUCCGUCAGUCCGUGGAGAGAUCCGAAGAUGCACCCACAAAGAAACUUGCGCAGCCCGAGAGGGCAGAUCGCUUGGCAAAGCAGCAAGCAAGGCUUGCAGGCCUAAAGAUCGAGGGCGCCCUCGAGCCCGCGGAUCGGCUCAUUGACUUGAUGGUGGCGCAAUAUGAAGAGAACCGCGUUUCACAUGUCGAAUUGUCAAGAUGCAUCAGCAAAGAGCAAGAAGUUCUUUCCGCGUCGAGCAAGGAAGAUCGGCACUUGACGAUCGACAGCGCAGGCACUGUCAGGAUCAAAGGUAAAGAAACCCACCUGAGUGCCGACCUGUCGUCCGACUUGCUGUUGCGGUACGCCUUGACACGGCGGGGGCUUGCCUGUGAUCAGGCUAAUCUCUUGGCCUUUUCGCACCAUGACGCGUGGACUGAGCGGCUGAUGAGAGCUCGUCUUGAACCGCCGCCCCCAAACUAUGCCCCAAUAUCGCAAGCGCAGGUCAUUGCCGCAGACAGGAAGCUCUGGGUCAAACUAGCUGAACUCACUCGCGCAGGAGUUCAGGUCACUGCUGCAGGACGCCCUCUUGACGCAGUUUGGGCGCAGGCGUGCGAUCAUCCGGAUGUGUUGCAUCUGUUGCAGCCCAUGCCUGUGGCGUGUGGAUCGACACCCCUCUUCCGGUUUGGCAAGGGUGAAGGCGCCGAAUCCAAAGGGUCGGGCAAGUUCAGGGGUGGUCCUUACGGGCGUGGAAAGGGUGCUGGUAAGUCCAAAGGCGGAGGUUUCGUUCCAAAAGCCUUGGAAGGAGGCGUCAGUUGCACCACUCAGGGCCAUGCGUUGUGUUUCGGCCACAACCUUGGCACUUGCAAAGAAAAGGUAUUUUCCGUGGACCCAUCGUUGGCAGAUCGCAAAGAAUUGUGCGUUGUGCCGCUGCCUUGUCCAGAAGAGACGAGAGUCGUCUUGGGAAUAUCUUCGAUGGGUGUGCGAGACUUUCCCAGUGCAGCGUGUGCGUACGGUGGGCCGCGACCCGGCUGGCGCAUGUUUGUGACAAAUGUACCAGGCCUGCGUUCUUUAGCCGCCUCCUGCCCUGGGGGGCACGUGCAUCAGCACUUCUUGUGCGAGCGUGGUGGCAGUGAGGAUGCAAAUUAUCCACGUCCCUUGUGUGUGCAGAUCGUUCAACAAGUUUGUCUGGCUCUUGGUGUACCAGCUUUAGAUGAGCCCAGCGCAGCACCUGUACAUGCGUCGCAUGCAAUUACGGUAGCCGCUUGCAAACAGCCGCGGGGGCGUCAUAUACCCCCUGUCAUGUCAGAAUUUGCGGACAUCACUUCUUUGGACCUGGAUCGAGUCCCGCCUGUGAACACUAAGCGUCGCUUGUUGACUGCGUGUCGUCAUGUGCCAGCCGGCUCCAAGCUGCUGUCUUUUGUCAAAGUGGGGGAUGAGCAGGACAGCAGCUUUAGGUGCUUCUUUGGCUGCUAUCGCACCAAGGAAGUGUUUCUGCGUGAGGCCAUGCGUCUAGUUCAUCCAUUCGACAAGUUCCUGCCUUUGCCAGAUGAGGUCAAGAGGACCCUGUUCGCUACCUUGUGUCAUGGCCCCGCGUGGAUUGCAGCGCGCCGUGCAGAGACUUUAGGCAAAUGGACGUCGUGGGCGGCAGAUCUUUUGCCCAAGGAUUUGGAGCUGCGUUCGAGUCUUGAGCCCGGGGUUCGUAAAGUGCUCAAGUCAAAGCGUUUGCUGUUGCUUCAGAGGAUUGCCGAGGACAUUGAUUGGCCUGAUGCUGGGCUGUUUCAGCAGAUCCAGGAAGGCUUUGAGCUGGUAGGGAAUCAAGGGCCCUCGGGCGUCUUUGCAACGGAGUUGCGUCCCGCUCAGCUCACCGUGUCGCAGCUUGACGAUCUAGUAAAAUUCAUGAAGCCAGCCUUGUUAGGGAAAGUUCGCUCCGCAGAUCUUGACGAUGAUGCGCAGUUGCUGUGGGACAAGACUAUGCAAGAAGUGAGCGAAGGCUUGCUGGAGGGUCCCCUCACAGUGCAGCAAGUCGAAGAGAGAUAUGGUGGGGCAUGGAUCCCAGUUCGUCGCUUUGGCGUGUGGCAAUCGUCUUCAGGCAAGCAGAAGCUCCGACCAAUUGAUGAUUAUUCGGAAAACAAGGUUAAUCUAGCUUUUGGUUACGCUGAUAAGAUUGAUCUGAGAGCUUUAGAUCAGCUUGUUUGCUCGGUGCGUUUGUGGAUGCAGCAAGUCCUUGCUGAUGGCAAGGUGGCCAUUGAGUUGUCGGAUGGUUCGUGCCUGCGUGGGUCCAUCCAUCCGUGCUGGCGCUCAGAAGAGGGACGGUUGCUCGAGCUCGCCACGUUGGACUUGCGUGCAGCUUACAAGCAGUUUCCUCUGUCCCCGAAAAGCCGAGCUUUGUCCGUCUUAGUGUUGAAGAAUCCAGUGUCGAAGGAGGUCGCUUGCUUCGAGGCUAAAGCUCUGCCAUUCGGGGGCACAGCAAGCGUUGUGCACUUCAACAGAGCCGCAAGGCUGCUGUGGGCCAUAGGCCAACACCUGCAUGUGUGUUGGCUGAAUUUCUUUGACGAUUACCCAAUCCUGACGCCUAGGGUAUUGGCCGGUUCGACAAAGCAAACACUGAAAGCCCUUGUUGAUCUGCUUGGCUUUGAUUGCUCUUGGGAGAAGUGGCAGGACUUCUCUACUCGCGCCACAAUGCUUGGGGUGGAAGUUGACCUUAGUGAUGUUGCGUCGGUUGGCGUUAGGAUUCGCAAUAAGGAAGGCAGGGCCGGCCAAGUUGUCUCCACUGUUGAGGAGCUUCUGCGAAAAGAGAGCAUGCCUGCUCGUGAACUUCUGAGUGUGAUGGGACGAAUCCAGUUUGCAGAUGCCCAAGUUAUGGGGCGGACGGGAAGGCUCGCGCUUGCCGAGAUUCGUCGGUGGUCUAGAAACCAUGUUGACCGCGUUACCGUAGGGCGUGAGUUGAUGGAAGCCUUCGGAGUCCUUACCGACCGGCUCUCAAGUGGGACGCCUCGCGUUGUGCCUUGUGAACUGCCGAAGCAGCCAGUGUUGGUUUUCACUGACGGGGCUAGUGAGGAUGCGUUGCACACUGUAGGCGGGAUCCUAAUAAGGCCUGGGUGUGAUGCGCGGUUCUUUGCUUGCCAUGUGCCAUCUGAGCUUGUGAAGGCUUGGGAGGGCUCGCUGAAGCACCUGAUAGGGCCGGUUGAAACUUACGCCGCUCUUGUUGCGAGAGCCGUGUGGCACCAGUUCCUGUCGGGCCAAACAUACCUGCAUUUCAUUGAUAACGUAGGCAGCCAGGAUAGCUAUGUCAAGGGCACCUCGACGAGCGCUAUCAUUCGCUCCCUGUUAGUCUCCUAUGAGAGGAUUGAGUCGAACGGGGCUUCUUGGCCUUGGUUCGCCCGGGUACCGUCAGACUCGAACCCUUCUGACGAGCCGUCUAGAGGUGUCUUCGACGGUAUUGUCAAGGAGCUCGCGGCAAAGUAUGUGGAAUGGCUCAAUGCUUCCAGCGCCAACAUCAUCUUCAAGAAUGCUGACGGGGCAAAGAAGGCUCUGGAGGCGCUGUCCUUCCCCAAGGCCGAGGCCUUUGGGUGCAAAGGGGGAGGGGAGGCUUCGUUCCAGGUUGACUUCGGGAAGGUUGUCGGUAAGGUGGCGCUGCAGUGGCUAAAAGGGCCAUCAGGUGAGUGGUAG